AUGCGCUGUGCCUCUCUCAGGCACAAGGCAGCCAAGAACACGAGAACGCUCUGCCAUGACGCCGCCGCUAUCGCCACCGAUGCGAGCUACUGGGCUCCGCUCAUCCAGUCGUGCUGCACUGCGCGGGAUUUGCCCCGGGCCAGGCACAUCCACGCGCAGAUCAUGCUCUCGGAUCUCAAGAACAACCGGAUGCUGGCCAAUCUCCUGGUGGAGAUGUACGGCAAGUGCGGCUGGAUGGCGGCGGCCAGGGCCGUGUUUCGCUGCAUCAAGAACCCCAACGUUUACUCGUGGAACAUUCUCAUCUCCGCGCUCGCGCUCAACCGGGAGGUCGCCGAGGCAGCCUUGAUGUUCCACCAGAUGCCCUCGAGGAACAAUGUCUCGUGGAACGCCUUGCUUGCAGCAUAUGCCGCAAGCGGGAAUUUGCAAGAUGCCCGAGUUGCCUUUCUCAAGCAGCCAUGGCGUGACGUCUUGACAUGGACGACGCUUCUCACAGUCUUGUGCCAGUGCGGCUACCUUUCCGAGGCUCAUUUCUUGUUCGAGAAGAUGCCGGAGAGGAACGUCGUAACUUGGAACGCGAUCGUCGCAGCAUAUUCCCAGAACGGGCAUGUUGAUGAGGCAGAGCUCUUGUUCCAUCGGAUGCCGCAGCACGACACCAGGUCGUGGAACUCUCUUCUGAUCGCUCAUGGUGAAUCUGGCCGCAUCCACCAAGCCCGGAACAUCUUCUCCCGAGUCCAGCAGCCGGAUCACGUCUCCUGGACGUCGAUGAUCGAGGCUUACGUCGCAAACGCGUACCUCGAGGAGGCCAAGGCGCUGUUCGACAGAAUGCCGGAGCAGGACGUGGUUUCAUGCACAGCGCUCAUCACUUCCUUCGCGCAGAGAGGCUAUCCUCACCAGUGCAAGCUUCUGUUUGAUGGAAUGCCCUUCCGGGAUGCCGUGUCCUGGACAGCGCUCAUGUCCGGCUAUGCACAGAACGGCCUCAUGGAAGACGCGCAGGAGGUAAACUCGCGAAAUCCACAACACAGCAUGAUCGGUUGCAACGCAAUGGUGGCGGGUUUCAGCCAGCGAGGAGACUUGGCGCAAGCAAAAGCAGUUUUUGAUGCAAUGCCCGAGAGAGGAACCGUGUCCUGGAACGCUCUCAUGGUUUCGUAUACAAUGACAAGCGCAAACAACCAGCACUACCGCGAUCGAAUGGAACAAGCGCUUGCAAUCUUUGGCUUGAUGCCGGAGCAGGAUAUGGUGGCGUGGACCGCGAUCCUUGCAGCGUAUGCUCAAUCCGGGCAUGUCGAUCAAGCGAAGUUUUUCUUCCAGAGAAUGCCCGCGCAGGAUCUCACGGCGUGGAAUGUGAUAAUCGCGGCUUAUGCUCACAACAGCAGUGGCUAUGGAGCCCAAGUUUUCCGAGAGAUGAGCCUGGCAGGAGUGAGACCUAACGAGACCACUUUCGUCGUCACGCUCACGGGUCUCAGCCACGCUGGUCUGCUCAAACACGGCCGGGAGUGCUUCCUCUCCAUGACUGAAAACUUCCAACCUGUCGGAUCCACGGGGACUCCAAGCUCGGGGCCCGAGCCGCACGGAACGUUCUCAAGUCGGACACGGUGA